AUGCCUGCGAUUGAUCUCGUAAAUAUGCGUCCGAGUGAGCGGAUUGUUCAGGAUGAUAUGACUAUCGCGUUCAUAGCGUCUGGUGAUCUUCGAGAUGUCAUUCGCACUGUAAACGAGCUUCCGAAAGACUACACUGGGGAACUCACAGUGCUAUUGAACGAUCAUAAUCCAAUGAUCGUUGCACGAAAUUUCGCACUCUUGCUACUCUUAGGCUCGAUCGAGAAUAAACGCAAGGCCGCAGACAUUGCCGUCCAUUAUUGGUACUCUGCUCUUGUUCCUGCAAUGUAUAAUGUGCACCUACAACAAAUGAUCCAAGAUGUCCUGUCUUCUUCUGGUGCAUCUUCUGUCGGUGCUAAUGGUUCAAUAUCUUGUGUCAUGACCCCAAAAUCACGCAUCGAAGGUUGUUUAGGGACAACUACCAUAACCAUCCUCAAGCAAUGUGUCUUUUCUCCGGAGUCAUAUCAGGCGCAGGAUGUCCGGGAGGAACUCACUCGUGCUCGCCUCGUCAACUUGAGUAGAGACAGGCUUGAGCGUCAGUAUUGGCCCCUCGAGCCUUCUCACCGCCUGGCAUUUAUUGAGUUCCGCACAUAUGGGUUGCUUCUCCCAUUUGGCGCCGCCAACUCUCACUUUGACUAUCCCAAUCGUUUGUUAUUUUCACCCGACGGCCAGUGGAUGCAAGCUGAUAAGGUCAACCCGCUGAAUGGCUGGCAUAUUCCGUCCCUGGUCAAGGCGGGAAGAAAGCAUGGUGCUCUCCCCAUGGAUAUCUACGGGUGUAUGUAUUUCUACGUCUCAGACCAGCUCAGGGAGUUCGCCAGUCGCCUCUCUAGCCUUCGCAUAAGGUUCAAACUAUUCAACUUGGAUGCUUGCAAACUUGGCAAUGAUCUGUCCUCAGGAGUACUAUCCCCGUAUGGGCUGUCCGACCAAAUACGAUUCGACAGGAUUGACGCUUCAAAUGUGAUGGAUCCUCAUUACCUAGGCAUUGAGCCUGUGGCGAAGGUAUGGGGACCUUUACUCAAACAUACCAACCAUGCGACUCUCGUAGGUCACUUCAUCAACUGGGUAUCUCGUCAGCGUAACGCAAAUCCUUCGGACGCUGACAUACCACGACUUAUGAGACGGCUCGUAAGUGACAAUCGGAUCAAAAUGUCCCCACCAAGCAGCUCGCCCAGGGUUGGUCGUGAAUUGACGGAAAUUUGCGCUCAAUUGAGCUGCAAUGCCGUCCAUGACAAUUCGAAGGCCUUCGACGAUUAUUUAGACAGCCAGGGCAUUGACUAUGUGCUCAGCACCUCUGGGCUCAAGCGCAAGCGUAAACAUACUAUCGUGCCACACCGGCUAGGGGGUUCUUUCGAGUCGCCCAGUGCCCUCCCGACCUUCUCUGACGACAAAAACUGGUACUUAAGUAUGUAUAUAAAAGAUCAUCUUUGGUCAGAACGUUACCUGGAGCUGGCACCGGCGUGA